AUGGAAGAGAUGCAAAAUGAACAUCCGCAGAAUCCGCUAACAGAAGAUGAGAAAAAAGCUUUACACACUCUAGUGAAAAUGUGUGAAUCGAUGAAGAAAACUGUUAAAAGUUAUCAAAACACAGCCCACCUGAUUAUUGAGAGAGUAUUAGAAUUUGCAACCUAUGACCCACCCGAAGAGCACAUUGCUGAUCUUACGCUUAUUGAAGAAUUACUAGAGCCAAAGCUUCAAAUACUCGAAAAAGCAGCGAAGUGUCUGAAAGGGUUACAAACUCUUUUACAACCGGAAAGACUGCACGAAAAUAUGUAUUUUGCCGAUUCAGCUCAGGACGAUGUCACUUGUUAUCUGGCUGAAACAUCAAGUCUUCACAUUCCAUCUUUUCCCAGUUACUCCUGCAUAACUACUCAUUUCCAAUUCAAAGAAAUGUACGGGAAAUUUAAAAAGUCUUUGAAUUCUGGAGUGACCACAAAUGUGCUCCACGAGAACGCUUCUGGGUUAAUAAUUGAGUUCAAACUUAUGGUGACACAACCAUCGGAAUUUGGAAUGGAUGCUUGCCUGUUGAAGUUUUUGGUUGUUGAAAAAUACGGUGUUGUUGAAUGGAUCAACUUCAUCGAACCCUAA